UUGGCUUGAGCCCGUCAUGAGGACUAGCAACUUGCGUGCGUCGCCAUCCAGUGCGUGUAAAGCAAGGGGAGGGAUUCAGAGCCCGAGGGAGGGGGAAAGAGAGGCUUUCGUGCUCCCCAUCAUCAUAAGAAGGAAGCUGGCAGGGGCAGCUCAGCAUGGCCCACACAGAGGGAGCUUCCUCCUCCUCCUCCUCCUCUUCCUCCUCCUCCUCCUCCUCUCGGCUGCGGAGCUAGGAGGAGGCGGCCGCAUCACAGCGGCGAGGCUCGCUUCCUCUUCUUCUUCCUCCUCCUCUUCUUCCACCUCCUCCUCCUCCUCCUCCAUGAUCGCCAGGAUGAACGUUGCGCUUCAGGAGCUGGGCAGCAACAUGACGGAGUAUAAGAGGGCGAUGUUCCAGGACGAGGAAGCGCCAGAAUCCGCCGGAGAUGGAAACACCUCUCCGGAUGGCGUGGAGGUGGGCUUCAGGAAAACUGAUGCCCCUUUGUUGAGCCGCCUGAGCUCUCGAACCCAACUGAAGCUAGUGCUGUGUGCCAUCUCUCUCUUCCUGGCUCUGCUGCUGCUCAGUUCAGUCAUCGCUAUGGGCAUUCAGUACAGUAGAGACCCCUCGCACAACACUUGCCUAACUGAAGCUUGCAUCAUUGUUGCUGGUAAAAUCCUGGAGGCUUUAGACCGGGAGACCGAUCCCUGUGAUGAUUUCUAUCAGUUCGCCUGUGGGGGCUGGAUCAAGCGGAAUCCGCUGCCGGAUGGCCGCUCCAAGUGGAGCACCUUCAACAGCAUUUGGGAUCAGAACCAGGCCAUCAUGAAGCACCUGCUAGAAAAUGCCACGUUCAACUCCAGCAGUGAGGCAGAAAGGAAGACCCAGCGCUUUUACUUGUCCUGCCUGAAGGAGCAGAAGAUUGAAGAGCUGGGCUCCCAACCCCUGAUGGACCUCAUUGAGAAGAUUGGAGGCUGGAACAUCACUGGCCCUUGGAACCAGACGAACUUCAUGGAGGUCUUGAAACUGGUGUCGGGAACCUACCGAGCCUCUCCGUUCUUCACUGUCUUUGUUGGUGCCGAUUCCAAGAGUUCCAACAGCAACAUCAUCCAGCUGGAUCAGUCGGGCCUCUUCUUGCCCUCGCGGGAUUACUACCUGAACAAGACUGCCAAUGAGAAGGUGCUGGCUGCCUACCUGGAUUACAUGGUGGAGCUGGGGAUGCUCCUAGGUGGAGCCAGAGCUUCCACAGAAGAACAGAUGCAGCAGGUGCUGGAGCUGGAGAUCCAGCUGGCCAACCUCACCGUCCCCCAAGAUGAGCGCCGAGACGAUGAGAAGAUUUACCACAAGCUGAACAUUGCUGAUCUACAGGUUCUUGCCCCUGGCAUUGACUGGCUGGACUUCAUCUCCUCCUUCCUUUCACCGCUUGAACUAACAGAUGCGGAGCCAGUGGUGGUUUAUGGCAAAGAAUAUUUGGAGCAAGUCUCCCAGCUCAUCAAUAAUACAGACAAAAGCAUCUUGAACAAUUACAUGAUUUGGAACCUGGUUCAGAAAAUGGCAUCCAGCCUGGAUCAGCGGUUUGAGACGGCCCAGGAGAAGCUCUUGGAGACCCUUUAUGGAACCAAGAAGUCCUGCACCCCUCGCUGGCAAACCUGCAUCUCCAACACGGAUGAUACUUUGGGGUUUGCCUUGGGAUCGUUGUUCGUAAAAGCCACCUUCGACCGACACAGCAAGCAGAUUGCCGAGGACAUGAUUGCCGAGAUCCGCUCAGCCUUUGAGGAAUCACUGGACCAACUUGACUGGAUGGAUGAGAAGACCAGGCAAGCGGCUAAAGAGAAGGCGGACUCCAUCUAUGAUAUGAUUGGCUUCCCGGAGUUCAUCCUUGAUGAUAAGGAGCUGGAUGACGUCUACGAUGGGUAUGACGUCUCAGAAGAUUCCUUCUUCCAGAACAUGCUGAACUUCUACAAUUUCUCUGCUCGGUUCAUGGCAGACCAGUUGAGGAAGCCCCCCAAUCGAGACCAGUGGAGCAUGACCCCACAGACAGUCAACGCUUACUACCUCCCGAACAAGAACGGCAUUGUCUUUCCUGCAGGGAUCCUCCAGGCCCCUUUCUAUGCUCGCAACCAUCCCAAGGCCCUCAACUUCGGAGGCAUUGGCGUUGUGAUGGGGCAUGAACUCACCCAUGCUUUUGAUGACCAAGGCCGAGAGUACGACAAAGAAGGGAAUCUGCGUCCAUGGUGGCAGAACUCAUCACUGGAGGCUUUCAAAAACCGGACGGAGUGCAUGACAGAACAGUACAGCAAGUACCUGGUCAAUGGGGAGCACGUCAAUGGAAAGCAGACAUUGGGCGAGAACAUUGCUGACAAUGGGGGACUGAAGGCAGCCUACAAUGCUUAUAAAGUUUGGCUGAAGAAGAAUGGUGAGGAGAAACACCUUCCGUCCUUGGAACUCACAAGCCACCAGCUUUUCUUCCUAGGAUUUGCACAGGUUUGGUGUUCUGUGCGUACACCGGAGAGCUCCCAUGAGGGCCUGAUGACCGACCCGCACAGCCCUGACAAGUUCCGGGUCAUUGGCACCCUCAGCAACUCCCGGGACUUUAUAGAGCACUUCCAGUGCCCCACCGGCUCCCUCAUGAACCCUGGGAAGAACUGCGAAGUGUGGUAGAUGAAGGGAGCGAGGCAAGAGAAGCUGCCCCUGGCAGGAGUCUGUACAUACAUACAACUGCCCCUUGCACAACCCAGCCCACAGGGACCAAGUUGAGCCCGGCACUCACCUCCUUGGGGAGCCGUGGGGAAUCCAGGCAGCGGUGCCAGGAGAACAAUGAGCUUGCCCCGUAUUUCCCUCCUGUGCCCAUGCCAUGGGGCAAGGAGGAGCAAAAGCACAGCUUCAUUCCUCUCCGCCGACUGCACCACUUGCUCCCUCCAUGGGCCAUGAGAAGACUCCCUGGCUCAGCUUCCUCUGCUUUCAUUCCUGGUCUCCAUUUCCCCCCAGGAAAUGUCUCUCUGAUCCUCUGUGGUGAUCUGGUGCUCGGACUCCUUGCCACGGCAGGUCCACUUUUCCAAAUCAGCUGCAGCCACAGAGCAGGAAUAGCUUGGCCUUUGUAAGUGCUGUUUCAGGAAUGGGUUUCAAGAGAAGUGCCAUUAGGUUCUGGAUCACCAACAUGCUAUGGGGUUAGGGUUGGGGUAGGGAGUGCUGAUUCAGUGGGGACUUGCUUUGAUGGGGCUAGAGUUUAUGGGAGCUCUAGGCACAACAAAAACAGCUUCAAAACUUGGACUGAAAGGUGUAGAGUGGUAUCAGAAAAGCCUCCCUUGAUUAGUGCAAGGUCUCCCUUGUGUAUCAUUCUGAAUCUUUCCAAAAGGCUUACAAGCAGAACCCAAAAGCAACAACAACCCACCACUCCUCUUUGCUUGCUCUGUUUGCCUGUUAUUUAGAGGUAUACUGUCACUGGUAACAGCCAUUGCUAGAAGGCCUGUACUCAUAUACAUCUUGGUCAACUGUAGUGUUCAAGGGCCAGAGCACAGCAAAGAUUUGGAGGACUCAAUCAGUAGCAUCUCCUCACAUUCCCCUCACUUGUCCCCACCCCAUGCCAGGCUGUAAUGGUAGACAUAGAUAUGGCCCUCUACAAGUCAUAAAUCCAAAGAAGAAGCAUGGCUGUGGUGUGAGACAAUUUCCCCCUCUUGCUAGCUUUGUGGAGAUGUAGCCAAGCCACUGGGUCUGUGUUAACUGGAAAGGUCUUGUACACUUGUGCACGCACAAUGCCACCCAAUCACUGUGGAAUGAUAGGACCUCCUCCUCCCUAGCGUUGCAUCAACCAAGCCUCCCACACCUUGUCCUCCUUCCCAAAGAGAAAAGUCCACACCUCUGCCAUUCGAUCUCUGGGCAGGUGCAAAACACCCUGUAGAAAGCACACUAACCACAUGGCAGCUGGCCUUUGAAGGGAGUCUCAGACCCCAGAAGAAAAGGAGGUGUGUGGGUCAGGUUUGCUUCCACAUUUGUUUCCGUUAGCCCUCUCCUCAGGCUUAUUCUCAGUUCCAGACCAGCUUGGCUUUAGAAAUUCCAAACUCGCUCCCAUCCCUUGAGCUCGGUGAGGACUAGUGCCUUGGACUUAGCGUGUGAGUGUGUGUAUGUGUGUUGGUGGGGGGAGGAGGGAUGCCGUUGGUGUAUUUAAUUAUUAAAAGCCGUUUCCGCUUGAUUA